AUGACCACCUACAUCAAAAUAGUGAAGGGUGCCACCAAGCUAAAAGUGGCGGCCCCGAAACCCAAAUAUCUCGAGCCCAUUUUGAUGGCUACGCUGAUGAAUCACCAAGUCGCCUCUGAAAAUUUCGUCACGAUCAUGCGCACGUUGAACGAAAGGCUCCAAGACAGCUCAUGGCUGGUGGUGUACAAGGCCCUUCUAGUGAUCCACAUAAUGAUCAGGGAAGGCGAUCUUGACGUGACCUUAACUUUUUUGGCAGACAAGGCUCCCAAUAUGCUUAACUUGAGUCGAUCGAACAUCUCCCGGCACCUGGGUCCCACUUCGGAUGUGCGCUAUAUCAUGAAGUACAGCCGAUAUUUACAUACCCGGGUCAAACAUUUUGCGGACGUUCGCGUCGACUAUGUUCGAGAUGAACGCGUCAAUAAUUCCGUCACGCAGACUGGCGGCCGCUUGCGCUCGCUUUCAGUGGAAAAGGGCUUGCUUCGUGAAUGUGAAAGUGUCCAGAGGCAAAUCGAUGCGCUAUUGAAGAACUCUUUCUCGGAAGCCGAAAUCAAAAACGACAUUGUGCUCACUGCCUUCCGGUUGCUUGUUAAUGACCUAUUGGCUCUUUUCCAGGAGCUCAAUGAGGGAGUCAUCAAUCUUUUAGAGCAUUACUUCGAGAUGUUUCACAAUGACGCAGAACGUGCUUUGGAUGUGUACAAGAAGUUUGUUGACCAGACAAAAUACGUGAUUGACUACUUGCGGGUGGCCAAACAUCUUGAGUACGCUACCAAAUUGCACGUACCAACAAUCAAGCACGCACCCACCGCAUUGACGUCUUCCUUGGAAGAGUAUCUAAACGAUCCUUCGUUCGAGCAAAAUAGAGCUGAGUACAUGAGGUCCAAAAACAAUAAAGGCAGCUCUUCUGCAUUUGAUUCCAUGGAGAAAUCUCAAAGCAAAAGCAGCUCUCCUCUGCAUCUCGAUUCGAAACAAUCUACUCUACCAGGGAAUUUUCAACAAGCGGUUUCGGCCACGCAGCCUAAUUCUACUUCCGGUGCUCCGAAUCAAGACACUCUCAUGGUACAGCAAGCAACAUUUAAUCCUUGGGGCUCCUCUGUGCCCGCAGGUUUUGCCCCAGUGUUUCUGUAUCCUGUUGAAAAUCUCAACACUAGUCCUACUGGAGCGGGCUUCGGUAAUUACGUCCAAGGCCUGUUGGAUCAAACUCAACAGCAGCAGUUACAGAUGCAGUUUUAUCAACAGCAGCAACAGCAACAAGCUCAAUUACAAAUGCAACAGCAACAACAGCAACAACAGCAACAACAGCAACAACAGCAACAACAAACAGGUUUAAACCCAUUCAUGGCUAGCCAUGCACUGCCUCUGACGGGCCCCAGUGGUACUUUGCAAAGGUCCAAUACUAAUCCAUUUUCUCAAAUGACGUCAUCUACUACGGGAGCUUCUAUGAACUCUCCAAACCCUUUUGGCACAACGAGGUUUGCGCACGGUCAGACCACGGCGUUUACGUUUAAUAAUACGUCUAUUCCAGAGAAAGUUGAGCCAUCAGUCACCGGAAAAAAUCCAUUUACUGUAUCGGAUACAACUAGAAGCGUGUUCAAUUCGGUACCAGAUGGCUCGCAGCCUCAAUUGAUCAAAGCGCAGCCGACUGCUGGCGGCUUGGAAGCCUUACCAACAGUGUCUGUGUUUCCAGAAACUCAGCAAGAACAGAUGCAUAACUAUUAUCUUCAAAAUGCGAGAACAAAUUUGAUGAGUCAGGCAACCGGUCAUACGCAGCCACUCGUGCAGCAAGGUAUUCAGCAGAUACAACCCACAAACCAGUGGCAACAAGUGCAACAGAUACAAACAGGACAACAGCCAUGGCAAAAUCCUAUCCAGACCCAGCAAGCCGCGAAUUACUACAAUGGGCCCAGUCUAAUCUAA